CUCGCAUUUCGUCAUUACGCUAAUGGGUGGCGACGUGGAAAACAUGGAGGACGGUAGUACGUAGAGCGAGGCUAGCAGAGGAAACGAUUCUCUAAUUUCAGCUAUCUCCCUCUGUUGAAGCAAACCCGGUCAAGCGCCGGGAAUACGGCUGCUGCGUUGCGGGGUAACAGCUGGUCAUCAGCGCUGACGGAAGCCGGCAGGAGCCAGAGGAGCCGCGAGAAGCUUCUGUGACAGGAUUUGGUGCAUGUCCAGUAAAUAAGGACUGAAGACUGGAAGGUCUGGCUGGAAGAAGCCUGGAAAUAUGGGAGCAAACACCAGCCAGGUCACUGACCUGUCCGACAACGCCAGCCUCAAGGCCCUGGUGGGCACCGAGUCCAUAUCUGAAAACGACCCCUUCUGGAAUCAGCUCAUCUCCUUCACCUUCAUCAGUCCGACAAACAGUGGAGACUCAAAGCUACUUGAAGAGGCUGUCGUCCCCCUGGCCAAGACUCUCAUUCAGAACAAUCCCAGAACGGGGAACUUCGGAGCUCUUGUGAGAGUCUUCCUGGGGAGAACCAAAGAGCUGAAAAUUUCCACAGAGUGUCAGGAUCAGUUAUUCAUCUGGCAAGCGCAUAAUGCACUGUUCAUGAUUCGCUGCCUGGUGAAGGUUUUCGUGGGCGAGAUGAGCGAGGAAGAGCUGCAACAACAGUUCUCCUACCAGGAGAGGGCGCCAGGCUCCAGUGGAGAAACCGGGGGUGAGAGUCUCAUGGAGGAGCUGCUGUUUAACCUCGUUCACCUGAUUGUUGAAGUACCCUUGCUGUAA